CCAACACUGGCAAAUAUGAAUUUCUCGUCAUUCCAAAAAAAACUUCCAAAAGAAAAGAACGUCGUGUGCGUGUUGAUGGCGCGAUAAGUAAAAAAAAAAGUAAAAACAAUUUUCGCAGCUUUGUGGAAAUACAAUUAGUGGCAAAUACGAGUGCGUUUUAAGUAAGUGCGUGGCGAAAGUGACCGAGCUGAGAAAGAAUGAUGCGCAGCUCGCUACGCGUGAACUCACUGCAAUAAAAGCAAUAUAAAAGUGACUUAUAUACAUUCUGUGCACCCACACAUUGGCGUAAAAUGUAUAUACAUAAGAGUGCAUUUGUACAUUGUGCAUAUUCGUCAACGGGAAAACAUUUAUUCGCUGGCAAACGGCAAUUGCAAGGAAAUAUUGUUUAAGUGAAAAGUAGCAGUGCAUAUAUAAAACCCAUUCGAAAAGUGCAACAAAAACCCCAUAAAAAUCAAGAACUAAAGCAACGAAAAAUCAACGCAAUUAAAACACUUCUGGAAUAAUUUCGGGCCGUUUUUACUAGCUAAUUUAAAAAUAGCUACGAAAACAUUCCGCAACCACUAGUAGUGACUGGUCCAAAACCAAUGCGAACAAUACACCCUGGAAUACUCCAAUUUCGAGUGGCCUACGCAUGCCUUUGAAUUCGCAUUUUCACACCCGCACAUUAGCCAGCAAAAGCCAUCGCAGAAAACCCUAUGGAUGACCCAUCAAUCAAAAAACGGUUAAUAGAUCUAUAUACUGACGAACAUGAAUACGAUGAGGUUCAGGAGCUGCCAGAAGAGUCAAGCAUUCAGCCCCCGGAGUCAUCAGCGAGCAAUCCCAGCACGAACGGUGCCAGCCAUUCAGGACCUGGAACUGCAAUUGGAUCAGGAACAGGAACAUCAGCAGGAGGUCCAACAUCGGUUGCGUCACAGUCACCAGCAAUUGUUGUGGAUUCGGUUCCCGAGCUGCCAGCGCCUAAACAGAAAUCUGUAAAGAACACAAAGAGCAAACAGAAGCAAAAGCAAUUGGCGGCGAACAAGUCGAAGAUACCGCGUUCCCCUUCGCUGGCUAGCAGUCUGAGCAGUCUGGCCAGCAGCCUGAGUGGUCAUAGGGAUCGAGACAAGGAUCGGGAAAAGGAUCGAGAUCGAGAUAACCACAACCAGAGCUCCGUGCCUCCACAGACGCCGCCGUUGCCAGCGAGCUACAAACAGAGCCAGAUGAAUGGUGAUACAACAACUGCAGCUGGUGGUGGUGUUUCUGCCCCAGCUACGCCCACAUCCGCCAACAAUAAUAAUGCGAGCAAUAACAACGGCAGCAUAAUGGGCGGGGGCGGGCACUUGAAUCAAUCGGACCACGCCAACCCCGUUCUUCAGGCGCCAGGGGAGCGCAGUAGUCUCAAUCUGACACCCCUCUCCCGGGAUAUGGGUGGUGGCCAUUCCCAGGAGCCCACGACGCCAGCGACCACGCCAACGACGCCGAGCAUAGCAUUACCAAAAAAUUUUCAGUAUUUAACCCUGACUGUCCGCAAGGACAACAAUGGAUAUGGAAUGAAGGUUUCUGGAGACAAUCCUGUGUUUGUGGAAAGUGUUAAGCCCGGAGGUGCAGCUGAAAUCGCAGGCUUGGUUGCUGGCGAUAUGAUACUGAGGGUGAAUGGUCUUGAAGUUCGCCAAGAAAAGCAUCCAACUGUAGUGGGUCUCAUAAAAGCCUCGAACACUGUGGAGCUGGCGGUGAAACGAAGUCAGAAGCUGACGCGACCCACUUCGGUCUCUGUGGUAACGCCAUCGACACCCAUACUUUCAGGACGAGAUCGAACUGCAUCCAUAACAGGACCACAGCCGGUGGAUAGUAUCAAACGAAGGGAGAUGGAAACGUACAAGAUUCAGACUUUGCAGAAAAUGUUGGAGCAGGAGAAACUAAACUUGGAGCGUUUGAAAAGCGAUCAGAACAAUCCGAGCUACAAGCUGUCCGAGGCGAACAUCCGUAAACUGCGCGAGCAACUCGUUCAAGUGGGAGCUGAGGAUGCACCGACUGUUAAACUUCAGGCGGCCGCUGGCAAUAAGAACACAGCAUUACUAACGCCCAACCAAAUCCAACACUUGUCCGCGUCCGCCACUCACAGCAAUCAGCAAUUCCAUCAUCUUCACCUCCACCACAAUCUCCACAACAACAAUUAUCCGCCACAGCAACAGCCAGCUAGCACCUCACCCGCAUUCCUGUCCCUCCUGCCGCGUUCCCUUUCGUCCCUGUCGCUGGGUACGCGCAAAAACAAGAUCGAAAAGGACCUAACAACUUCAUCUCCAUUUGGCCUCACAACGGACUUCCUCCAACAGCAACGGUUGAGCCAUCAGGCGGAGUCUAUGUCGCAGUCGAUGCAUCAGCACACCAGCACCCCAACCUCGCAGCAGUUCUUCCAUCCGCAUCAGCAGCAACAUCGUUUUAAGGAUUCUGGAUCAUCUUCGAAAGGCAAGAAUAAGUUCUUGAUUUCAAGGAGUUUGAUUGAGGAGGAUGUCCCACCACCAUUGCCACAAAGGAAUCCGCCCAGGCAAUUGAAUUUGGACUUAAAGAAUGGAAAUGCAUCGCCGGGAGGUUCUCAUUUGGUGGCUCCUGUUUCCGAUCUGGAUCGUGCCACAAGUCCCCAGUUAAACAGAUCCCAACAACAACAGCAACAACAGCUGCCCAGCAGCACAGACAACAGUCCAAGCAACGCCAAGUCCAAGCGUUCAAAGAUUAAAACAAAGGCGUUGUCCGAUCCCAAGAUGUCUACCCAGAUGUUUCUGCAAAUGGAAUCGUCAAGUGCAGCGGGAGCAGGAGGUGGAAACAUUGAAGUCGAUGGUGGCCCACCGCCACUGCCACCCCGUUUGCCUGGAAUGAUGACGGAGGACAUGAGUCGCGGCAGUUGCCAGAACCUCGCUCAACCCAAUUCCGUGGGCACUGCCUUCAAUUAUCCUCUGGUUUCUACAACUACGGCUGUUCAGAAUGACAAUCUGAACAUUGCCUUUCCUUUGUCCCAGAGGCCUAAUAUUGUCCAACAACUGCAGCAAUAUCAACAACAACAGCAACAUCAGUUGAUCGGUGGCCAGGCCACAGGCGCUCUAGGACAUACUCCAAAUAUGGUGAAAAAUAAACAUCGACGUGUUGGUUCUUCACCGGACAAUAUGCAUCCACGACAUCCGGAUCGUAUGACUAAAACUACUUCGGGUUCAUGGGAGAUUGUUGAAAAGGAUGGGGAAGCCUCCCCGCCCGGAACACCGCCACCACCGUAUUUAUCCAGCUCGCACAUGACUGUUCUGGAAGAUCCCAACGAAAACUGUCGUGAAGUAGGUGCCGCUAGGCCAGGAGUCUUCAUCGAGUCGCAUCAGUUUACGCCGAUGGCGGGAGCUGCUUCUCCGAUCCCGAUGUCCCUACAUUCCGGCCAUACACAGGCGGCACAAUCGAACGAUACACAAAAGGAGAUCAUCUCAAUGGAGGAUGAGAACUCGGACUUGGAGGAGCCCUUCAUCGACGAGAACGGACCGUUCAACAAUUUGACUCGCUUGUUGGAGGCCGAGAAUGUCACUUUCCUAGCCAUAUUCCUAAACUAUGUGAUCUCGAACUCGGAUCCAGCGCCACUUCUCUUCUACCUGAUCACUGAGCUGUACAAGGAGGGCACCUCCAAGGACAUGCGCAAGUGGGCCUACGAAAUUCACUCCACAUUCCUCGUGCCGCGGGCUCCAUUGUCAUGGUAUCGCCAGGAUGAAUCUCUGGCUCGCGAAGUGGAUAAUGUGUUGCAGUCGGAAUUCGACAAGGUAGAGAUCCUACGCACUGUUUUCCUACGCAGUCGCAAGCGAGCCAAGGAUCUAAUCAGCGAGCAACUGCGCGAGUUUCAGCAUAAACGCACCGCCGGUCUGGGCACAAUAUAUGGACCCACGGAUGACAAGUUGUCCGAGGCGAAGACCGAUAAGCUGAAGGAGCAAAUCAUCGACAAGUAUUUGAUGCCCAAUCUGCACUCGCUGAUUGAGGAUGAGAACGGUUUACCGCCUGAGGAUGUGCGUAAAGUGGCCCUAUGUUCGGCUCUUUCUACAGUCAUCUACCGAAUUUUUAACACUCGUCCGCCUCCGAGCAGCAUUGUUGAGCGGGUCCACCACUUUGUGAGCAGAGACAAGAGCUUUAAAUCCCGUAUUAUGGGCAAAAAUCGGAAGAUGAAUGUUCGUGGUCAUCCAUUGGUAUUGCGUCAAUACUAUGAAGUGACGCACUGCAAUCAUUGUCAGACGAUUAUCUGGGGUGUGAGUCCGCAAGGUUAUCAUUGUACAGACUGUAAAUUGAAUAUACACCGUCAAUGCUCGAAAGUAGUUGAUGAGAGUUGUCCCGGUCCCCUGCCCCAGGCGAAACGUCUCCCCCAUAACGAUAAAAUCAGUAAAUUCAUGGGUAAAAUUCGACCGCGUACUAGCGACGCUAUUGGAAAUGAAAAACGCAGUCGACAAGAUGAGGAUUUGGACGUUGAGUUGACUCCAGAUCGUGGUCAGACGUCGAUUGUGCGGCAACCCUCAGAUCGUCGACCAGAUGCAAACAUAUCAAUACGAUCGAAUGGGAAUACGUCAUGUAACACUUCGGCGCUGAAUACCACCGACCUGCAGAGUUCAUUUCACGGCAGCUGUGCCAAUGACAGUAUUAACGUCGGUGGUGGUGCCGGAUGUAACAUGGAUCUCUCCACAAGUGUAGCGUCAACGGCUCCGUCUAGUAGUGGUUCCGUUUCCGCCGGUUUAAGUGCGUUUGCUGAUCUGAAUGCUCUGGAUGCGGUAGAUAAAGAAGCUCGAAGGGAGCGUUACAGUCAGCAUCCAAAGCACAAGAGCGCGCCAGUUUCCGUAAAUCGCUCCGAAUCCUACAAGGAGCGCUUGUCGAACAAGAGGAACCGCAACAGUCGCCGCAAGACCUCUGAUCCAAGUUUGUCGUCGCGUCCCAAUGAUGAGCAACUGGACUUGGGUCUUUCGAAUGCCAACUAUGUGGCCAGUUCCAAUUCUAGUCUCUCUUCAGCUGGUGGCAGCGAGAGUCCCAGCACUUCGAUGGAACAUUUUGCUGCAACCGGAGCAGCAGGUGGGGCCCAAGUACCGCCGAUUGGAUUAAACCAGAGCCAGCAUCCGCACUUGCUUAUCCAGCAGCAUGCACAGCAGUACUGUCAGCAGGAUUCCUUUCAGGCCGGUUUGGCAGGCGGCGGUGGAAGUAGUGCAGCUAACAACUCGAGUUUCUGGAAUGCCGGGCAUCCGUUACCCAGGCAAUGGAAUCUGGAGAGCGAUGACGAGGACGAUGUUAUCGAGGCUGACUGGAGUUCCAUGGUAGCAGCUGAUAUGCUGGCAGCUUUAACAGACGCUGAAAAGAAGCGUCAGGAGAUUAUUAAUGAAAUCUAUCAAACUGAACGCAACCAUGUGCGAACCCUAAAGCUGCUGGAUCGUCUGUUCUUCCUGCCGCUCUAUGAGAGCGGAUUACUGUCCCAGGAUCACCUGCUGUUGCUGUUCCCGCCUGCAUUGCUAUCGCUCCGUGAGAUUCAUGGUGCCUUUGAGCAAAGUCUGAAGCAAAGACGAAUUGAGCACAACCACGUAGUGAAUACCAUAGGAGAUCUGCUUGCUGACAUGUUCGACGGACAGUCUGGAGUCGUUCUUUGCGAGUUUGCAGCUCAGUUUUGUGCCCGUCAGCAAAUCGCCCUGGAGGCUCUUAAAGAGAAGCGCAACAAGGAUGAGACCCUCCAAAAGCUAUUGAGAAAAUCGGAAUCACAUAAAGCGUGUCGGCGGCUUGAACUGAAGGACCUGUUGCCCACUGUGUUGCAGCGUCUUACGAAGUAUCCGCUGCUGUUUGAGAAUCUAUACAAGGUGACUGUACGUUUGCUGCCGGAAAAUACCACAGAAGCGGAAGCCAUCCAACGAGCCGUGGAAAGCUCUAAAAGAAUUCUUGUUGAGGUCAACCAGGCAGUAAAGACAGCCGAGGAUGCUCACAAACUACAAAACAUUCAGCGUAAACUAGACAGAUCCUCCUAUGACAAGGAGGAGUUUAAGAAAUUGGACCUGACCCAACAUCACCUUAUCCAUGACGGCAAUCUGACAAUCAAGAAGAACCCUGGCGUGCAGCUGCACGGUCUACUGUUUGAAAACAUGAUUGUUUUGCUGACCAAGCAGGAUGAUAAAUAUUAUCUAAAGAACCUGCAUACCCCUUUAAUGGUGAGCAACAAACCAGUCAGUCCUAUUAUGAGCAUCGAUGCGGAGACUUUGGUGCGGCAAGAAGCGGCUGACAAAAAUUCCUUUUUCCUCAUCAAAAUGAAGACAUCACAAAUGUUGGAGCUACGUGCGCCUAGCAGCUCGGAAUGCAAGACAUGGUUUAAGCACAUCUCAGAUGCUGCUGCCCGACAGUCAAAGAAUCGUUCGAAGAAUGCUUCAAGCAGCCAUGACACAAGCAUCAGUGACCCAGCUCUCACCGCUAUCCCGCAUUCCAGCACCAAGGAGUCGUUGGAGCUGACCACCGAUUGUGCCCAGCCAAUGGCGGCGACAGCCACUUUGACCACCACACCUUUGGCUCCAAUGCUACCUAUAGCUACGGUAACACCGGCUCCAGCGACAAACAACAGCAAUACUAGCUCCCUAACCGGAGUGCAGCUGCGAAAUCCUCAAAGAGAAGUUGGAGCAACAGAGUCUGAUGCUGAUUAUGUGAACACACCGAAGCAGCGUUCCAGCCAGAAUGAAGUUAAUCGAUCAAUGUCCAUAAGAAGCACUGGGGAGCCUAGCAAUAAGUAUACUGCGAAUGGAACAGAGGCGAACGAUGUCACGCUGAGGCACUCUCAGUCGACCAGGGAGUCGGCUAGGCCGGGAUCGAGCGGGGAGGAAAGAAACUCUACCUAUGGCAUGGUGGGUGGUAACUCCAAACGCGACAGCGCGAGCAUUGUCUGCUCAAACAAUUCGAACAACACGCGUACCCUAUUAAUGCAGAGCCCCUUGGUGGAUCCGACAGCCAUUCAGGUCAGCAUCAGUCCAGCUCAUACUGCGGAACCUGUGUUGACUCCGGGAGAGAAACUUCGUCGCUUGGACGCAUCCAUUAGAAAUGAUUUGCUGGAGAAGCAGAAAAUCAUUUGUGAUAUCUUCCGCUUACCUGUGGAACACUACGAUCAGAUUGUCGACAUUGCCAUGAUGCCAGAGGCGCCGAAAGACAGUGCAGAUAUUGCUUUAGCUGCUUACGAUCAGAUUCAAACCCUGACCAAGAUGCUGAAUGAGUACAUGCACGUAACGCCCGAGCAGGAGGUCUCGGCGGUGUCCACUGUUAUUUGUGGCCACUGUCACGAAAAAGAAAAGCUGCGUAAAAAGGUGACACCAUCCGCUUCGUUUUCCUCAUCGCCACCACCGCUGCCUCCGCCAAAUAGACAGCACGCCCAGGCGCAGGCGCAAAUACCGCCUUCGCGGCUAAUGCCCAAACUACAAACCCUUGAUCUUGACGAAGUUGCCAUACACGAAGACGAUGACGGAUACUGUGAGAUCGACGAACUGCGCUUGCCAGCGAUUCCGUCCAAACCACAGGAAAGGCCCACAACGCCAUUGGCUCCGUUCAAAACUGAGCCGAAAAUUUCACAGCCUGUAGUUAUAGAGUCAACGAAGCGUCUAAGUAUAGAUGCUGUUCCUGAGGGUCUGUUAAUUGAGAAGGAACAAGCAGAAGCUGUUUCAGUGGACAGCAAGCUGGCAGAGAAGGAAGUUAAAACUGAUCCAUCAGAAAAGCUUCCAGCGAUUGGUGAUUCAUGUAACGAAGAAAAGAAAAAUGUUGAGGUGGAUAACAUUAAUGAAAAUGCUGACAUGACGAUUGCUGAUAAUGAGGCCUUGGUAGCUGCAUCAGUCGAAAGAUUAGCAAGCCAGAGUAGCGAGGUAGAAAUUACUGAAAAUGUAGACAAAUCUGUGGCUGACAAAAAAGAGGACAACGAUGUUGCAAUCGAACAAGUGGAAGUCUACAAAGUCGAUAGCUCGACGCAGACAUCAUCAACUGAAGCGCAAAAAGAUACGGAAAAGUUAACUGGAGGAUCUGGCAGCACCUGUGGGCCGAAUCGUAUCCAGCAUGCCACUGUGCUGGAGCCAAGUGUUCCCUGCCAUGCACUUAGCAGCAUUGUAACAGUACUGAAUGAGCAAAUUUCCAUGCUUUUGCCAAAAAUUAACGAACGUGAUAUGGAAAGAGAGCGAUUGCGUAAGGAGAAUCAACACCUUCGCGAGCUUUUAAGUGCGCUGCAUGAUCGUCAGCGAGUUGAUGAAGUAAAGGAAACUCCUUUUGAUCUAACGAAGUUGAUGCAUGCUGAGGAUGUAGAGUUUGACGAUGAUAUUGACGCCAUUUCCAACAGUUCGCUGACGCCAACGCCCACGCCGAUUCCGACGGCAUCCCCCAGCGCCAGCGGCCAAGUUCAGACAGCGGAAGCCAUGAGAGUUAACAGCACUGAGGAUGAGGAAUAGGAAACUUGUUUAAAUUUUUUUGUAUAAAAUACAUAUUUGUUCUUGUUUUCCCUAUACGCAUUUGACCAAUUGAAUUGGCGGCGUCUAUGUUUUACGAGUAGCCUUUCUUAGAGCAUGCCUUUUACUACUGUUAAUGUAGCUUCAUUUGUUUUCUUAAAAUAUUAUGUAUUCCACAAGAACCGAUAACACUUUAAAUUAAGCCUAACAGUGUCCCCUCGUAAAACUAAUUAAAUACAUAUAUAUAUGCAUAUUAUCGACUUAAAAAAAUAUCAACUAAAUACACAAUGUUUGAUACAUUUAUAAAGAACAAUAAAAAAUAUAGUUAUUGAGAUGAA